UUCCUCGUUCAGAGAUUUUGCUGACAUGAAACUGCCGGUGCUACAUUGGGUAGCCCCAUGCGAUCAUAAAAAUACCAAUACCAACGAAAUCUAUAGGAAUACCAUUCAACUCGUUUGCAUUUCGUUGUGCAAUGAAAUAAACUAAGAACUGAAAGUGUAGUGGUUAUUAUUUUAGUAGAUAAAAAUGAAAUAAAACAAAUAAGCUGAAAAAAUAGGUUUGAAAAUUAUUUUGAAGUUAUCAAAAAAUGGGAAAUUCAGAAUUGUUCGCAGGCGUUGCUACAGGAUGUCUACUUAUGGUAUACGCUGGGAUGACCGAAGUUAGUUACCAGUUUCAGGUUUAUAGGUUUUUGAAUAUAAAGGAAAUAAGCAUUUCGUUAAUAACCAAGUUUAUCAUGUCGUCAAAACUGGGAGGACUAAUCGGAUCGUUAUUUUUUGGUGCUUUAGCUGAAGUAAUUGGUAGACAACGUACAAUAACUGCUAUAUACUUGCCAUUACUGAUAUCUUCAAUCAUGUUUCAAGCAACUUCGGACUAUGUGGUUGGUUGUGGGGCAAGCUUUAUAGCAGGUCUAUCAAUAGGUGGAACGUAUACGGUGGUACCAAUGUUUAUUGGGGAAAUAAGUACAAAAGAUAUGAGGGGUAGAUUAAUUGGCCUGAUGUAUCCAUCACAACAAUUAGGUGUAUUUAUAAUAAUUAUCGGUAGAAUUAUUUUGUCCGUUUUUGUUGAAACCGAUAUGAUGCCUUUUAAAAAUUAUAGUUCUAUAAUAUUGGCAAUGUUUGGUAUACUUUUAACUGGGACAGCUGUAAGAGAAACACCUUAUUAUUAUUUGAAUAAAGGAAAAGAAGGAUUAGCUAAAGAAAGUUUAACAUAUAUACGGAGUUUUGCAGUUAACACUGAGUUGGAGUAUGAUGAAAUUCAAAGUGGUAUAAAAUAUAUAAAAAGUAUUGAAACUGGAGCUGGUAUCAUUUUUUGGUCGAUCAAACGAAGUUGGAUAAAACCUUUACUCCUAAUGAUAAGCGUUUAUAUUUUUACGUAUGCAGUUUAUGUGUUUCCUUAUUACGCCGUGCGGUCAAUAUCUGAUAGUUCUUGGAAUCCUUGGGUAGGACGCUUAGUCAUAAGUAUCGUACCAUUUAUGGCUUCGUUUCUGAUUCUAUUUGUUGUGGACACAGUUGGCAGAAAAUGGACGCUUAUGCUAUCGUUUGGGGGAAUGAUUCUGGUACUAAUAGUAUUUUUACUUUUUACCAUAUGGAAAACGUAUUCCGCUAAUGCAAGCUUUGUGUUAUAUAUUUUGUUUCUUAUAUCUUCUAAUGUAGGUGCUGGUCCAAUCCGCUUUGUAUUGCUAGGCGAAAUAUUCCCUCUUGACAAAAAAGGAAUAUAUGCUGGUAUUUCGACAGCUUUAUUGUUUAUUUUACAGUUAUUCGUCUUAGAGAUAAACCAAAUUAAAGUAUUAGCUAGUGAGACCUAUUAUAUUGAUAUUUAUAUUUCAUUGGUUAUUUUAGUAAUUGCUCUCAUAAUUGUUAAAUUCUAUUAUGUAGAAACUAGAAAACGAACUCUGAAUGAAAUUCAGAUUAAACUUAGGUAACUUUUAACUGUAUCACUUCUUUAUGAUGUUAAUUAAACUCUUGUUAAGUGUAAUUACUUGUUAAACUGUUUUAAUUUAUUAAUAUUAUUCCUGUACGUAGCAAUAAAAAGAUAGUCGUUUA